AUGGCUACUACCGGCUUAGCUAGCCAGAAGAAGGAUUCAGUGUUCCGAGGUAUCCGGUGCCGGAGUGGAAAAUGGGUCUCGGAGAUCCGUGAGCCGAAAAAGACUACUCGAAUCUGGCUCGGAACUUACCCCACGGCGGAGAUGGCUGCCGCUGCCUACGACGUGGCUGCUAUGGCUCUUAAAGGCAGAGAAGCCGUUUUGAACUUCCCGGGAUCCGCCCGGUCAUACCCGGUUCCCGGAUCAACAUCCGCGGCGGAUAUCCGAAGCGCUGCGUCCGCGGCUGCUGCGAUGAAGGGGUGCGAGGAAGAGGAGGAGGAGGAGAAAGCAAAGAAAAAGAGUUUGUCGUCAAGAGCUCGUGAUUGCCACGUAUAUGACGAUAUGGCGUCUUCUUCGUGGUGUGGGACAGAGUUUAUGGACGAAGAAGAACUCUUGAAUAUGCCUAAUCUGUUGGCUAAUAUGGCGGAAGGGAUGAUGGUUGCGCCGCCGCCAUCCUGGAUGGAUUCUCGGCCGCCGGAUGACUCCCCGGAGAAUUCCAAAGAUGAGGACUUAUGGGGCUAUUGA